AUGGCGGGAAUAAAAUCUUUAGCAGUAAGAGGAAUUCGUAGUUUUGGUCCAGAAGACAAUGAUGAACAAAGGGUAUCGUUUGAGAAACCCUUAACUUUAAUACUAGGACAAAAUGGAUGUGGUAAAACCACAAUUAUUGAAUGUUUACGUUACGCUAUCACUGGACAAAUGCCGCCGGGCAGUCGAAAUGAAUGUUUUGUUCAUGAUGCCAAAGUAAACAGGUCCACUGAAGUAAUGGGGCAAGUAAAAUUGAAGAUUGUAAAUGCAAAAGAUAAACAAUUGGAAGUAUCAAGAUCUAUGAGAGUGACUGCUUAUUUGAAUAAGAAGUCUAAAUUUCAAACUUUGGACUCAUUUCUCUCAGUAGUAGAUGGAAGUGGUAAAACAAAGGACAUUUCUUCCAGAUGUGCAGAUUUGGAUUUUGUAAUGCAUGAAGAAUUAGGAGUGUCCAAAGCCAUACUAAACUCAGUGAUAUUCUGCCAUCAAGAAGAUUCCAGUUGGCCCUUAGAUGAAGGAAAAAAAGUUAAGGAAAGAUUUGAUGAGAUCUUUGAUGCAGACAAGUACAGUGAUUGCUUUGAUCGUCUGAGGAAAAUAAGAAAAGAAUAUGCUACUAAUAUUAAAUUAUUAGACCAAGAAGUAUCUUUCUUAACAGAAAAAAAACAAGAUCUAGACAAGAAAAAACUUGAUUUGGUUAACACUGAGUCGCGAAUCUCUGAAGCAGAAAUAAAAAUAGCCGAGCUGAGUCAUAAAUUAAAACCCAUAACAGAAAAAUUAAUUGCUAUUGAAACUUUGCAGAAGAAUUUGGUGGAAUUUGAAACUAAACGAGAGAAAAUUAAGACUAGAUUAGAACAUAGUAAAAAUGAGGAACAGGAGUUAAUGAAAUCAAUCCAAAGCACUUUUGAAGGAUCGAUCGAAGAGCUUCAAGAAACUAUAGCUAACUAUGACUCAACCGCUAAAAGUAAGAGAGCUGAGUUGGAUGAUUCGUACAAUAAGAACUUCACGUUCAAUAAAGAAGAGGAGAGAAUAGGAAAUGAAAAGACUUCUAAUGAGGUUAAAUUCAACAAACUGAUUCUACUGGAAAGUCAGAACCAAGAUAAGAUAGAUAAAAGGAAUGUCUUGAUUGUGGAGACCGCUAAGCUUGCUGACCUUGAAUUGGAAAAGAUAGAAAGUAAUGAAGAAGCAAUAAAUGGUAUGAGCGCCAUUAGUGAGAAGAUUGCGGAAUUGCAAAAAAAAUUGAAAGAACAAAAAGCUGUCACCGAUCAACAUGAAAAAGAACUACAGAAAUAUAUUGAUGGGAGUAGAGACACACUUUCUCGUCAUAAACAAAAAAUAUCGAACAAAGAAUCUGAAAUACAAAAUGUAAAAAAAGAUUUAGUUAAAAUAGAAAAGCAAAUAAAUGAUGCCAACAAGUCGAAACUGAAAGUAGAGGUUUUGGAAACAAAAUUAAAAAAUGCAGAAGAGGAAUAUGAAAAACUUGUAAAUGAACUAAACACAGAAGAAGUCCAAAAUGAGAUAAACGCUGAUGAAAAACUUAUAGAGGAGCAGGAGCAAGAGCUUGAACAACUUAGUGAAAAGAUAACUAAAUUACAAAAGCAGAGUUCAAAGUUGAAAGAAAAAGAUAUGAUUGAAGAGUCUUUAAAACAAAAAGAGAAACAAUUAACGGUGCUAAAGAACAAACAUAAGUCAGCCAUUACAGAGUUGCUCGGCAGUAUUCCGGAGAAAGACUUUGCUAUUUCUAUCAACAAAAUUGAAUGCCAAUUAAGAACUGAAGUUGAGUCACUUAAAAAGAAGAUGACUGAUAAACAAAAUGAGAUAACGCGGCUGGAGGCGGAGCGGCGGCACGCGCGCGAGGCGCUGGGCGCGCGGCGCGGCGAGCUGGCGCGCGCGCAGGACCGCAUGUACCAGGCGUGCGGCGCCGCGCCCUACGACCAAGCGCUCGCCAAGGCCGCCGCCGCCGUUGACAGGCUCCAGGAAGAGCAAAACCUUCUGCAAUCGUCAAUGUUCAUUAUAGCGAAAUAUAAAGGACAAUUAAAAGAUAACAACUGCUGCCCGCUCUGCAAUCGUGGGUUCGAUUCCGAAUCCGAGGUAACAGAUUUGAUAUCUCAAUUAACAACUCAAGUGUUAAAUGUACCUACGAAAUUAGAGAAAGUGACGGAAGAACUGCAGCGUGCCUCCGCUAAGAAAGAUGACUUGUUAAGUAUGAGGUCUGUUAACGAGACUAUUGUCACCUUGAAAGAUACUGACAUACCGCAGCUUGAGAAACGCAUGGAGGAAAUUGACAAGGAAAUAUCAAGUCUAACAGAAACAAUGGAAGAGCUAUCAAUGACGGUGAUAGAGCCGGAGCAGAAGUUGCAGACGGCGCGCUCGCUGCAAGGCGACAUGCCGCUCAUAGACCGGUUCACUAAUGAAGUCAAAACUACUACUAAAAACCUAGAGACGCUAAAGGAGCAGUGUACAGACUUCAUAUCCGAUACGAGUCUAGAGGAAGCUACCCAGCGGCAGACGGAGGCGCGCGCGCAGGUGAGCACGCUGCGAGCCCGCGCGCGCGCCGCGCAGUCGCGCCUCAACGCGCACGCGCGCCGCACGCACGCCGCCGCCGACAAGAAGACCAAGGUCAAGGAGGACCUGCUCAACAUGCAGAAGAAGGUACAAGAAUUAUGUAACUUGCAAGAAACUCAAAAACAAUUGGAGUCAAACAGGGAGAAGUUCUUGGUAGAACUAAAGGAACUGCAAGAUGGUAUAGAACCUUUAGAGCUGGACCUCAAGGAGAAAGAAAAGACUAAGAGCGAAGCUGUAAAGAAAAAUAGGUCUGAAAUAGACGUUAAGAAGAAUGAAGUAGUCAAAAUAGAAAACGCUUUUGAUAAAGUAAAAUCUAUAGACUUAGACAUCAGACAACAUAAGGAACGAAACUUGCCGCGAGAGAUGGAAAAGAUUAAAGAAGCUAAUGAGAAGUUGUUAGGGAGACAAAAACAAAUUAUGACCGACCGAGAUACUCUUACAAAGAGAAUAGACAGCUUGAAAGAUGAAUUAGCCAAGCAGGAGAUAUAUAAAAGAAACUUAGAAGACAAUUUAAAACUGCGUAAGGCGCAAAAGGAGAUAGAAACGUGCGAGAAAGAUCUGGCAGUAAUCAGUGAGAAGCUGAGCGGCGUCAACACCGACAUGAUCUCGGAAAAGGGGCCGCUGAUCACAGAACAAACUCAAAUAUUCCGGGAGAAAGCACAAACUGAAGGGCAAUUAAGUGAACUAAAAGAAAGACUGAAACAAAAUAAGCAGGAACUCAAAAAAGCUCAGAACAAAGAUGUAGAAAAAAAUUAUCGUCAGAAAUUUUACGAGCUUCACGUCACCAAGGCGAUAGAUAAGGAUGUCAGAGAUUACUCCGUCGCGCUAGAGAAGUGUUUGAUGGAAUUUCACAGGGAGAAAAUGGAGAAUAUCAAUCUCAUUAUACGCGGAAUGUGGAGAAAGAUAUACAGAGGAAACGAUAUUGAUUACAUUGAAAUAAAAACUGAGGGCAGUAUGUCUGUUGAUUCAGAACGACGAAAAUAUGAUUAUAGAGUUGUACAAUGUAAAAAUGGAGUGGAGAUUGAUAUGAGAGGGCGGUGCAGCGCCGGGCAGAAGGUGUUGGCGUGUCUCAUCAUUCGGCUGGCUCUGGCCGAAACAUUUAGUUCACGAUUUGGAAUAUUAGCGUUAGAUGAACCCACUACCAAUCUAGACCACGAGAACAUUAAGAGUCUGUGUUCCGCUCUCGGUGAAAUCGUACAGGAAAGAAUGACUCAGAAGAACUUUAUGUUCAUUAUAAUAACACACGAUAAAGAAUUCAUCGAAUCCUUGGGAAAUAUCGAUAAAGUAACGCACUAUUAUGAAGUCUCCAGAAAUGAAGAAGGAAAAUCAAGGGUUAAGAAGAUUAGGUUUUCC